AUGCCACCUCUCCCUGAGACCGGCGUGUCACUCCUUGUCCUUCCAGCCUUGACUAUUUCAUCCCCGCCAUCAUCUUGGAGGUCAGCAUAUAAAACUACACUAGACACUCUGCUACCUCAUCUCAUCACCAAGGAAAUUUCAAAAGACGGCCCUCCAGCCAGACUUGAUAUUGCUGUCGUUCUUUCAGAGUCAUACCCACCGACUCCCAGCACUCCCCGGUCAUCAAUUUUCAGUCCCUUUCAACAACUCUUGUCCUCAUCUUACAGCCUUGUUGUAAGCUCGGCCGCCAAAUUAGAUAUUGACCUAGAUUUCCCAGGUGGUCUGGAUGUGCGAGUCUUGCUUCUUGAGCCUCGUCUCUCGUCUCUGCCUUCAGGUGUCUCUGGCAAGCAAAGCCUCUCUGGUCCCAUAGUCGAUAUUCCCACCUUUGUCAAGUCCUCCAGGCCCUAUACAGCUCUCUAUUCCGUUGAUGGUGAAGCAGGAGAACGAUGCCUGAAGAAACUUAUCACUGCAUAUAAUUCCACCAAUAUUUCUCCGCCAUCUACCAAACGCCUCCCAUCUGGCCCAGCCUUCACAACUUCUUCAUCGACUUCCAACCCUUCAGAGGAAAUAAUCGACGAUCGACCACUGAAAACUCACACAUCCGUUGCUGUGGGUGGCACUUUCGACCACCUCCACAUCGGUCACAAACUGCUCCUAACCGGCACCAUCCUCGCCGCUGAACCAGGCACAACAUCCUCCCGCCUCAUCACCGUCGGCAUCACAGGUGACGAGUUACUAGUGAACAAGAAAUAUGGCAACGUAGUUGAAUCCUGGGACGUUCGACAACAACGGACCGCCGAGUUCGUCGAAUCCAUCCUUGCUUUCCACCCAAACAUCCCCAGCAUCAAGAAAAUCCAACACAUCGACCAACCCGGACCCAACGGUCAGGUCGUCCGCGUCACAUACGCAACAACCAGUAGCACCAGUGAUUCAUCAAACCCCACCGACGAGAUCACCAUUAACUACACUAAAAUCUCCGAUCCAUAUGGACCGACCAUCGCAGACGAGAACAUCUCAGCACUCGUCAUCUCAGCCGAAACCCGCGCAGGAGGGAAGGCCGUGAACGACAAGCGAGACGAGAAAGGAUGGAAGCCGCUGGAGGUAUUCGAAAUUGAUAUAUUGGAUGCAGGUGUGGUUGAUGACGACGACGGAGAAAACACCAGCCAGGGAUCCGGGACAAAAGAGGAGAAGAAGGGCUUUGAGAGUAAAAUCUCAAGCACGGAGAUCCGAAGGAGAGUGGCUGAGAAAUUGAAGCCGCAAUGA